GUUCAUCCCUCGUGAAAAUGCGCGGCAGGGACAGGUUUGGCCAGUCGUCAAAGAAGCAGACGGCGCCACGAAUUCGACGCAGGAGCACCAUCCAAGAACUCAUCCAACACACCCACGACAGCCUCGACGUGUGGGCCGUCGGGAUCACUAUCGUUAUUGGCGGCCAGUACUAUGCAUGGAACACCGGGUUGGCAUCUGGCACGGUCAGCUAUGGUGUCGCCGUGUUGUUUAUGGGGAUGGCGUACCUUAGCCUGGUGCUAUCGAUGGCGGAAAUGACGAGCAUGCUGCCCUUUGCUGGCGGCGCGUACGGCUUGGCCCGGUGCACUCUUGGGUUCUACGUUGGAUUUCUUGUUGGUAUCUUUGAAGCGAUGGAGUAUAUUGCGUACGUGUCGUGUGCGAUGGUGCAGCUCGGCCGCAUGGCAUGCUUCUACAGCCCAAUGGCGCAAACGUCACUUCACGUAAUGUGUCUCGUCACGUACGUUAUCGCGGCCAUCCUAGUCACAAUUGGUGGCAAAGUGUUUUGGCAUUGGAGCAAGUGUGUCGCUGUCAUCGGCAUCGCGUGCAUCUUAGCCUUUUGUGGCCUGUCCUUUCCAUAUGGGGAUUUGGCGCGGCAUGGCGGUGGCGAGUACCAGGUCGUGGGAGGCAUAUCCAAAUUCCUCGAGACGUUUCCGCGUUCGUCAUGGCUUUAUGCUGGGAUCGAGUCGCUGAAUAUGCUGAGCAACGACGUCACGAAUCCAAAGGCGAUCAUUCCCAAGGGUCAAGUCACGUGCAUUCUCACGGUGCUUGCGACAUCCUGGGUCGUUUUUCUCGUCACCGUGAGUGUGCCACCGGGAAUGCCUCAGGUGGCCCACGAGUUAGCUCCAAUGGCCAAUGUCUACGCGAUGGCUCUUAACAUCACGCUGUCUUCGGCGACGGCGAUGUCGAUACCUGCAGCGUUCGCGACGAUCCAAGGACUCAUGAUGUCGUUCACGAAUGUGAUUGCAGCCAUGGCCGCAUCCAAAUUGCUUCCGGUGCACCUCGCCGCGCGGUCGACGGUAUUCAACACCCCCACGUACGCCACAUUUGUAGGGUCUGCUUUGAGUCUGGCACUGUGCGUCGCAGGCAACCUGGUGGACGAGAUGGACGCCGUCCUGUUCAACGUGACCAUGCUGUUCAUGUUUGCCGCGUACACGUCGCAAUGUGUGGGGUACAUCUUCCUCAAGCACCGGCACAACACUCUUCCCCGAUCGUUCCGGAGCCCGCUCGGUAUCCCCGGCGCCGUGUUUGCAAUCUGCGUGUGGGUCGUCAACAUUGUUUCGAUCGUGGCCUUUCAACCCGUCAGCUACAGCACGGUCAGCAUUGCCACCGCGCUCGUCGUAUUCUGGUCUGUCUAUUACUUUGCGUACGCGCGGCAGCGGCAGUCGUUCUCGAACGACGAGCGAUCGAUUCUCCUCUUCGCGCAUGUUGCCAACUUGGAACAUGCCAGACCGAAGUGGACGACCCAAAGCGUCGCCAUUGCGCCACACACGGGCUUACACCUGCUUCGGCCGCGGAAGGUACGAGCCGCCCAGAAAACGCCGACCGUGACUUCGGCAGUACCAGCACCACACUGUCGGGUCCAACGGUCCCCCGGUACGCUUCACGUUUCCUCGACGGCCGCCGCGGCGACUCGCCCGCAACCUGACGACCUCAUGGGGCGACUCAACCAUGCCGACAUGCUCGGCUUCUGAGAGCUCCGAUGCACUAUUUAUACUUCAUUUCUACAACUGCAUCGACCUAGCACGGCACAUGGAUUUGAAUGGAAGGCACCGCUCACGCAUCGAUGAAUGUAUGCACAAGGUAGUCGUGCCUCCUCUGCACGCAGACGCAGAAGACAAUUUAUCGGCACUUAAUCUCUUCAGAGUCAUCCACAAUGG